CUAGAGACAAUCACAAUAUUUCACGAUUUUGAAGUGAAAACUUUUUGUGAUGUGUUAAAGGGUGAAUUCUACGACAGUUUGAAUGCGGCGUGUAGCGUUUUAUUAGCGUCGCUCUCAUUAUGGUAUUUUUUUAAUAAAGAAUAUAUUUUUUAAAUUAAACAGUAGGGGAGACCGGGGAUGGUUGACUAUAGGGGUAGGUGGACUAAUCGUCGAAAACACUCCGGCAUCACGUGUUUCGUGACCUUCAAUCAGGCGCAAGGAUCGAGCCCAGCGCCCCGCUCAGUCGUACGAAGUGGCGUGUUGCCGACGCGCGUCGUUUUUGUGUGGUGCGGAGAAAUCGAAUUUUGACCAACAAAAUGAGAACAUAUAAGAGAAAAACAACUAGAGCUGAUGUACCCCAAAAUAUAGUGGAAAGAGCUUGCCAUAAUGUAAUUUUUGAUAACAUGAGUAUUAAUUCCGUAUCUAAACAGUUCGAUAUUCCAUAUAAAACAUUGCAUCGAUAUGUGUCCAAAUUAAAACAAAAUCAAGAAAGUAAUCCAAGCUUAUCACGAGCUGAGUUAACUCUAGAUUCUGUAGGGUACAAAAAAAAUAGACAAAUAUUUACUGCUGACGAAGAAGAGGCUCUCGAGGAUUAUUUAAAGACAUCUUCUGAUAUUUAUUUCGGUUUGACGCCAUACAAAGCACGUAAAUUUGCUUACGAGUUUGCAGAAAGAAAUAGUAAAAACGUUCCGGAGUCAUGGAAGAUUAAGAAGGUAGCUGGAGAGGAUUGGCUCGGAAAUUUUCUAAAACGGCAUCCCACAUUAUCAAUAAGAACACCUCAAGCCACAAGUUUAUCCAGAGCCACUUCAUUCAACAAAACGAAUGUGGGUGACUUUUUUAAAAAUCUGAAAACAGUUUACCAACGCUUGAAUCUGGGUCCAGGGGACAUCUGGAACGUUGACGAGACAGGUCUAACCACAGUUCAUGUCCCUAACAGAGUGAUAGCACGCCGUGGUGUGAAGAACUUAGGUCAAAUUACUUCUGCUGAACGAGGCGCGUUGGUAACAGUUGCAGUGGCAGUUUCAGCACUUGGCAAUAUGGUUCCUCCAUUUUUUAUAUUUCCGCGAGUUCAUUUUAAGGAUCAUUUUGUACAAAGUGGGCCUGUAGGUUCAGAUGGCGAUGCUAAUCCAUCUGGGUGGAUGAAAGAGGAGAAUUUCAUAAAAUACGCUAGACAUUUUGUUAAAUAUGUCAAACCCAGUAAAGAAAAACCUGUACUCUUAUUGUUAGAUAACCACGAGUCGCAUUUAUCUAUAGAAGUUAUUGAUUUUUUCAAAAACAAUGGAGUGACAAUUCUCUCGUUCCCUCCUCAUUGCAGCCAUAAACUACAACCCCUUGAUAGAAGUGUUUACGGGCCACUGAAAAAAUAUUACAACAAAGCAAGUGAUAACUGGUUGGCUAGCCAUCCUGGCAAAACGAUCACAAUUUAUGAUAUACCAGGAUUAGUAAAAACUUCUUUACCUCUGGCUGCUACCAUUGAAAAUAUACAGUCUGGUUUUAGAGUAUCCGGUAUUUCACCACUCAAUGAAAAUAUAUUUUCUGAAUCGGAGUUUAAUGGAGCUUAUGUGACGGAUAGGCCAGUGCCAGUAUCACAAGAUAUUGCUGGUUCUUCGACGGCUAGGAUGAACGUAAAUGCUAUACCAUCAGUGCCAGAACAGAAUAUCGACAGUGCAGGGCCUUCCAGAGCUGAGCAUUUGAUCACCCUUCCGAAUUCUGCUGUACCAUUCGAUAAUAUGGUUGAUAUUGAAAGUACUUCAGAAGAACCAGUUGUUUCAAGUGAAUUGUCUACUGCUUUACCAUUACACUCAAGAUCUGCUAGUACUAAUUGCGAAUCACCUUCAAUUCUUGAACAACCUGAAUUAGGAGAAGAGCUCAGUUUACAAAUACCCGAAAGUGAAUAUCAAUUGGAAAAACACUCAAGUGUGACUCCACCGUCUUCAACUUCUGAUACCCCUUUUACUUCUUUUAUUCAUCCAACAGAGAUAAUGCCCUUUCCUAAAGCUCCAGCUCGUUUAGAAAAUCGAAGAAGUAUACGCAAACGUAAAAGUACUAUUUAUACAGACACGCCUGAAAAAGAAAAACUUAUGGAAUUAAAACAGAAACAAUCGUGUACAGAAUAUUUGAAGAAGAAAAAAACUGAAAAACUUACACCUAAAAGUCAGGAAAAGGGAAAAGGAAAAUGUAAAGGGAAGGUUAAGGGUAAGGGAAAAGGUAAGGGAAAAGGCAAGAGUGGUAACAAAGGAGCUAACAACAAAAAUAAAGAUAAUGAUGCAGCAGCUUCAGAUGAAAGUGAUGAUGAUGAUGACACGAUUUGUAUAGAAUGUACUGAAUCGUAUUCUGUUAGUCUUCCUGGAGAAGAAUGGAUUCAGUGUAUUACCUGUAAACUAUGGGCUCAUUCAAAAUGUGCAAAAGGCAAUUUAAUGUUUUAUGAGUGCAAAAAUUGUGAUACUGAUGAGGAAAAUUAAUUUGAAAGUUCCUAAAAGAGACUGAAAUAAAGUAAGAUACUUCAUUAUAGGAGUCAGAUUUUUUGGUAAAUAUUACAAGACUAGAAGCGAGAAAGACAAGACUGAUUACUGUCUCAGUAUUCAUAAUUAGAUUUAAUUAAAAUUGUUACUUUAUAUGCCAUGAUCAGUUAAAAAAUGUUUUGUUUAAGAUUGAGUUUCUUUAUGUUAAAUUUUGUGAAAAUAAGGUUUUCAUCUGGAUUGCAGAAGUUAUUAUGAUUGUUAAUUUUAUUAGUUUUUUUUACUAAGUUACCUGAUAUUUUUAUUAUUAAAUACUUCGAUACUGAAUUGUUAGAUACGUUUGCUUGGUAAAUACUACAAAAAAAGUACAAGACUGAUUAUUAUGAAAGUAAUUAUUAGAUUUAAUGUGCCAUGUGAAGUGGUGAAAAGAUUUUGUUUACGUUUGAGUUAAUUUAUGUUCUUAAUUGUUGUUCAAAUAAGAAGUGUUCCAUCUGUAUUAAAGAGGGUUAAUGUGAUUAUUAAUUUUGUAGCUUUAUUUUAUUUUCUAAAUUAGAUUUCUCUAAUUUGUGUUGAUAAAUCAUCAUCGUCAGUACCAUAGGUCAACUUACCCCCUGAAUGUGGUCAACAUACCCCGUGUUUGGGGUAGAUAGGCUAAAGGUAAGAGCUCUUAAAAAAUCUAUAAAUAUCUAAUUAAAU